GUUUCCAAAUCUUAUAUUUUUUUCCCUUUCUCUCUCUUUUUGUUUUUAAAUUUCAUGUUUUCUUUCAAACACGCGUCUUCAGCAACAGGAAAUAUGUUACAUUCGAAAAAGUCAACAAACUCAUUACUACAAUCUGCAACAAAUGACAGUAAGAUCUCGGUAGACUCAGAUACAGGAACGGCUAUCCAGGAUAUGAAACCAUCGUUUACACUUCGAGUAAUAAACCCAGACUUUUACGAAGGGGAUAAUGAACCACCUAUUCAACCAUAUAAGCCCACGCUUGUAUCAAAUAGUGUUUCUUCUACUCCUGAGUUACGACACGCUACCAUCCAACAACAGCCACAAUCAACUUCUGUUAUUGUGGUACCGUCACCUAUCAGUGCACCAAAUUCUUGGCGGAAAAACACUGACCAUUCCUUCUCCGAUGUCGCUUCAUCACCUCAGCAACAGCCAACAGUUGGUAGAAAAGUUUCCAAAAUACUGGUGGAAAAUCAAACUCCAAAAAAUAAUGAAUUGGAAUUAUUGCCUCCUUUAGAAUUACUUCCUCCGUUAUUAACAAUGAAUGAAUCUUACUUACUUUCUCCCUCAACCCCUCCAACAUCUGUUAGUGGCGAUUUGUCUCCAACAGCUUUAAACCAAGUAUCACCAUUAGAGGCAUUAUCCAUCAAAUCCAACAAAUCUUCACCGCAACCACCCAUGUUACCGCAGCAUCACCCUGACUAUUUUACAAGUAAGGGUUCUCCUUCUGUUGCUCAGCAAUCAAUUAAUGCAAUGAUUAUUCCUUCUGCCGAAUUUACAGUAUCACCUGAUGAGUUAAAUGAUACUCCUACUUCACCCAUUGAACCUCAGAUCCACAGAUCAAAUCAUGAAUUACUAACUGGAGGUAGCCGCAGUCUUUCUCCCCCAUUAGGAAGAUUGUCCACUCAGCAUUCUCGUACUCCCUCAUAUACACCAUCCUUCUCUGCAUCCAUGAUCAACCAGCAACAACAAGCAUCCUCAAAAUACAACAAAGCCUCUUACAGUCUUACAAAUCAUCCAGAUGCCAUUAAGUUAUAUAGAACAAUGGCUUUAAAGACAGGUGACCCAACCGUUCAGCUAACAUAUGCUAAAUAUCUGUUGGAAGUGGCUAGUCUGUAUGACUCAAAGGAAAAGAGACAACCGUUUAAACCCAAUUUGUCACUUUCCCUGCCAUUGCUUAAACGACCAUCCGGUAGACCUAGCAGUGUUGCCAGUAGCCGUCGUAGUAGCAUAGAUACUCAUAUGAGCGCUUUUAGAAGAGACUCUUCAGCUACCAUGAUGCAAGUACCUUCAAAUGAAGAUGAGGAUGCCACCAAAAAGAAGAAAAAGAAGAUGUUGGAAGAGGAAGGUGUACGCUGGAUCAAAAAGUUGGCAAAGCAACGAGUAGGUGAAGCCGCCUACUUAUUGGGGCUAUGGUAUGAUCGCGGCAUGUAUGGAUUUAGAAAAAGUUCAAAAGCGAUUAAAUUUUACGAAAUUGCUGCCAACGCCAAGGUCCCUGAAGCCAUGUUUGCAGUUGGUCAAUACCACGAAAGAGAACAAGACUACAUGACUUCUUUCCAGUUAUAUGAAGAUGCUGCAAGUUUAGGUCUGGUUGAAGCACUUUAUAGAAUUGCGAUGAUCAAUUUAAACGGCGAAUUUGGUUCUAGACGCAAUAUUACUGUAGCAAUCCAGUUGCUUAUGAAGGCGUCUGAAAAAUCGACAGGCACUUGUCCAGAAGCGCCAUAUACUCUGGGUUUACUCCUUACAAAUGAAUACCCGUCUGUUAACAUACCUAGCGAACUAAUUCAGACAUAUGGCGGCACAUUUGCAGCUACAACAUAUUUAGAAUAUGCAGCUGACAUGGGCAUGUCUGUAGCUCAAUAUCGACUAGGUUGCAUUUAUGAAAAAGGUCUUUAUGGGAUUCGUGUCAAUUUAGCAAAGGCAUUUAGCUACUUUGAGCUGGCAGCAACUACGAAUACUAAUGGAUAUGCCAUGUUAGAGUUGGCAACUUUAUAUAACCAAGGUGUUAAGGUCCCACAAGAGCAGUUAGAAGAACAACUCUUGAUUUUUGAACAUGAUGAGUCUGGAUGGAUGCAAAACCAACUCCGCGAUGAAGAUGCAGCAUUCAGAUGGUGUCAUUUAGCCGCAGAUCAGAAUAUACCUGAUGCAUGUUACUUAUUAGGAUGGUACUUUGAAACUGGUAUUGGAAUACCAAGAGAUUUCCAACAAGCGCACCAUUAUUAUUCCAAGGCAGCAAAAAAGGGAAAUCAUAAGGCAGCUCAAGAAAGGGUCGCUUUGUUAGAAAGCUUAGUCAAGCAUCAAAAGAACGAAAAAAGACGCACAAUUACUCAAGAAAAAAGACGAACGAGUAAUGCUAAUAUUUUGAAAUCUAAUAAUAGUAAAGAAUCGACUUGUACUAUCAUGUAAAAAUAUCCUUAAUAAAAAAAAAUAUAUAUAAAAAAGUGUCUUAAAAAACACUUUAUAUACCUCCCAAA